GCCGCCAGGUGUCGCUGCUGCAGCCGCUCCUCCAAGAUGGCGCAGCCCCCUCCUCCGUUCACCUCCCGCUUUACUCCGCCGCCGUUCCGCUCCUUCCCCCCUCAUUCCCCCGCUCCGUUCCCUCCGCCCCCCUCUCCCUUCCCGGUCCCCGCAUCCCGCCCUGCUCUCCCUCCUUUCCUCCUCCCUCCUCCAUCCGAACCCGGCUCGUUUUUCCGCGGUCCCUCCGUCCCUCCGCUCUUCCCCCCGUGGCCUUCACCCGACCGUCCUCCUCCCCCGCUGCCCCCCGAUGGCGAUGCGGAUCGGCAGCGCGAUGAGCGCUGGUUGGCGCAGUUCCUCUCCCGGCGGGUCCCCCCGGUUGUGUCCCCGUUCCCUCCCUGCGGUGCCAGCCCCGAGCUCGGCCGGCAGCUGGCGGUGCGGGCGCUGCGGGCCGUGAGCCGCCUCACCGCGCUGUGCCGGGCACUGAGGAACCGUGAGGCCGAGGGUUGUGAGGAGGGAUGGGAACGGGAGCGGGAGGAGGCCGAGGAGCUGCUGGAGGGACUGAGGGACACGGUGAGACCUCUGAGAGAGCCCGGCUACCUGCGGGAAAUGGGCAGGAAGGCCGAGAAGGCGAGAAAGAGGAGGGAGAGGAUGCAGAGGAGGAAGAUGGAGGCCCGCAAAGCCAAGGAGGAGGAGGCGGCCCGAGCUGCGGAGAGGGAGGCCGAGAUCGACCGAUGGAGGGCAAAGUGUAUCCAGGAGGUGGAGGAGAAGAACCGGGAGCGGGAGCUUAAGGCUGCUGCAGACAGCGUCUUAUCUGAAGUAAGGAAGAAGCAGGCAGACACCAAGAGGAUGGUGGACAUCCUGGGCUCCUUGGAAAAGCUUCGGAAACUGAGGAAAGAAGCUGCUGCCAAGAAAGGCGUUUGUCCACCUCCCUCGGCAGAUGAAGCCUUUGAAAAUCAGGUGGAAAGUCUCAGAGCGUUGCUCCAAAAUCGCACAGAGCUGUAUGAGGCUGAGGAGAGAGCGCUGAGAGUGAUGCUGGAAGGAGAACAGGAGGAAGAAAGGAAGAGAGAAAUGGAAAAGAAAGAGAAGAAGGAAAGGGAAAAGCUUCUACAGCAGAAGCGUGACAUUGAUUCCAAGCUGUUUGGGGAUCCAGAUGAAUUUCCUCUGGCCCAUCUGCUGCAACCUUUCAGGGAAUACUACUUACAAGCCGAGCUUUCUGUAGCAGCUCUAAUCCAGAUCAGGCACGAAUGGGAUCAGUACUUGGUGCCCGCUGAUCACCCCGAAGGAAGCUGCAUCCCUCCUGGCUGGGUUCUUCCACCUCUCCCCACGAAUGACACUUGGGCCACUGCUGUCAGAUAACUCGGAAAUAAAUCAUUUUUGCACUGGAGGAGUGUUUCAUUGGCAUUGGUGGUGUCAGUGAUGGGGAUCUAGCGAGGAGUUGUUCCCUGUGUCCUGAUUGUGCUCUGGAAGCCCGUAGCCAGGGUCUGGAAUGCCUUGAAAAGAACUGUGAGGGAUGGUUUUGCUUUCCAGCCCUGCAAGGAGAUACCUGAGUGACUGCAAGGCUGUCGGGCCUCUCAUGGCACAGAAUUACGGUGCUGCUGUGUGUUUUUAUUAACAAAUCACUGCCUCAAUAAAGUAACGUUGUUGACAAGGUGA